AUGUCUCGAAACGACAAGCGACCUCCAGCUCAAUCGAACAGGACCGCAAAAGUGGCCGGUACAGGAGGCAGUCAAAAGAUGUCAAAGAGCGUGAAAGCAGCCCUCAGUUUCGCCGAUGACCCUUGCCCUUUUUAUGGAUUGAACACUCAAGGGCAAAGUUAG